CACUGGUUUCCUCUGAUGUUCCACCCGCAGACGCAGCAGGUGUUUCAGCUGAUCAGCAAAAAGAAAUCGCUGGCCACAGCGGCACAGCUCCUCCUGAAAGGAGCCGAGAAGCUCAGCAAGUCGGUGGCCGAGAACCAGGAGAACCGGAGGCAGCGCGACUUCAACUCUGAGCUGCUGCGACUCCGAUCUCAGUGGAAACUUCGCAAAGUUGGAGACAAGAUCCUGGGAGACCUCAGCUACCGGAGUGCAGGUUCCCUUUUUCCUCACCCCGGCACAUUCGAGGUGAUCAAAAACACUGACAUUGAUCUGGACAAAAAGCUCCCAGAGGACUACUGUCCCUUGGAUGUCCAGAUUCCAAGUGACCUAGAAGGAUCUGCUUAUAUCAAGGUGUCCAUCCAGAAACAAGCACCAGACAUCGGUGACCUUGGAACCGUCAACCUGUUUAGGAGACCUCAGAAAAACAAAGCAGGAGCGCAGCCGUGGCACAUCAAGCUGGAGGCGGCUCAGAACGUUUUGCUCUGUAAGGAGAUCUUCGCGCAGCUUUCCAGAGAAGCGGUUCAGAUUAAAUCGCAGAUUCCCCACAUUGUUGUGAAGAACCAGAUCAUCUCCCAGCCUUUCCCAGGCCUUCAGCUCUCCAUCUCACUGUGCCACUCAACUGGAGAGAAGAAGAGCAACCGAGCCUCUCCAGAGAAACCCAAACCAGACGACCAUCUUCACGUACUGGAACACAAUCUGCAUCAGAUGAUGAGAGAGUUCCACAAGCAGCAGCUGAGCUCGGUGGUCAUGCCUCAUCCGGCCAGCGCCCCGUUCGGCCACAAGCGGCUGCGCCUGGCCGGUCCGAUGGCCUACGAUAAGGCGGAAAUCGCCAACCUGCAGCAGAACGAGGGGCUGCUGGAGAAGAUCAUCAAACAGGCCAAACACAUCUUCCUCCGUAGCAGGACGGCCCGGACCAUCGACAGCUUAGCCAGCCGGAUCGAAGACCCUCAGAUCCAGGCUCACUGGUCCAACAUCAACGACGUUUAUGAGUCCAGCGUCAAGGUGCUCAUCACCUCUCAUGGUUAUGAGCAGAUCUGCAAAUCCAUCCAACUGCAGCUCAACAUCGGUGUGGAGCAGAUCAGGGUGGUGCACAGGGACGGACGAGUCGUCACGCUGUCCCACCAGGAGCAGGAGCUGCAGGACUUUCUCCUCUCACAGAUGUCGCAGCAUCAGGUCCACGCCGUGCAGCAGCUGGCUAAAGUCAUGGGCUGGCAUGUGCUGAGUUUCAGUAACCAUGUGGGACUGGGCCCAGUGGAGAGCAUCGGGAACGCCUCGGCCAUCACCGUCGCUUCACCCAACGGAGAGUACGCCAUCUCAGUGCGUAACGGCCCAGAGAGCGGCUGUAAGGUUCUGGUCCAGUUCCCCCGCAGCCAGAUCAAAGAUCUGCCCAAGAGCGACGUGGUCCAGGACACCAAGUGGAGUCAGCUCAGGGGGCCGUACAAGGAGGUGAACUGGAGCAAGAUGGAGGGACGCAACUUCGUCUACAAGAUGGAGCUGCUGAUGGCUGCGCUGACGCCAUGUCCUUAGGUCGGGUUCGGACUGCGUGUCGUCGACCGGAACGCCGAUGUGUCUCCCUCCCACUCACCAACUCCAGUUAAAGCACUGUGGAGUGAAACGGCAGCCCUCCUGCACUGAGGAAUCGGCUUUUUGACAGAUUUGAAUGAAAGGCGAACAGGUUGCCGAGUCCUGAUGCAGCCUAUUUGUUUACUGACUUUUAAACUGUUUUCUACCUGCAGGGAGAUCAGCUUCCAAACACAAACCUCUACAUGUUACAAGCAAGAACUCUCCCAUUCAGAUCCACAUCUCAAUAUUUUGUUAUAUAUUUUUUCUGUUAUCAAAAGUGAAACUUAAAUAAAUAAAGUCACCACAGCUGA